AUGGAGAAAGGUCAAGGGUUCCUCUCUGAGGAACCAGGAUCAGGACCUCCACAGACCUGUAGAGACAAAUUUGCAGGACACUCGUUUCCGACGGGGAAGAUCCAGGUGAUGGGAGACAUUUUCCAGUUCACAGUCGAUGUGAGUGAGUUUUCUCCAGAAGACGUCAUCAUUACGUCUUCUAACAACCUGAUAAAGGUUCACGCCGAGAAGAUGGCAGAAGAUGGAUCAGUAACAAACACUUUCUGCCACCAGUGCAAACUACCAACAAGUGUGGACCCCCUCUCUUUGAGCAUGAAGAUGGAGAGCGGCGGGGUCCUGACCGUCAGAGCUCACAGGUUAUCUUUGUUUUAA